GGCCAGUCGUGCGUGUCCGGACAGUCGACGUUCAGACUUCAGUUCGCACGGUUCGGCACGCGGCAAGGCAGCAGCAGAAACAGCAGCUAAAACUGAAGCUGAAGCUGAAGCAUAGGAGCCGACCUACCAUAUCAAAGUGCCACAAGGUGUGCGUCUGUGUCUGUGUCGGUGUCUCUUUCGGCGUCUGUGUCUGUGUGGGUGUCGGUAACGGUAACGGUAACGGUAUCGCUGUCGGUGUCAGAGUCUGUGCCGAUCGAGAAUUCUUGUCGGACGCGCGCGUCUCCUCCAAGUGUGCGUGUGUGGGUGGAUGACCAUCGGGCCAAUUAAUCAUUCAAGCCUGGCCCCCGAAUUGACUUUCAAUUUUUCGUAAUUUGCCUGAUUGAUGCACGGACCUGAGCAAUUUCCGGUCCCAGGGUCCGAGUUCAGGGCAGUGCUCCUGGCCUCUGGCUGCUGCUGCUGCAGCUAUGAAUAAACAGAACAAACAGCUCGGAAAAUUCCAAACGAAUACCAAGUGAAGAUCUGCAAAAUAGUGUGGAGUGGAGUGUGGACAAAUUGCAAAUCAAUCAAAGUCUAUUAGCGAAAUGCUGCAACUGCAUUGCCGUAUCCGGGCAACGGGCUCUUUCUGCCGCCAAUCCUGCAACUGAGGCACAAAGCGAACGCACCGCAGAGGGCCUGGGCCGUGCCCCUCCCCUUACCAGACCAGACCAGAAUCCCCGCCUCCUGCCCUCCUUCCUAAUCAGCAGCCAGACAGCCUACCUACCAUCCAAAUGACAAAUGCAAUGAGUGCUCUUGCAGCGCUCGCUCUAACAGCGGCCGGGGCAGCGGCAGUGGCUGCAUCUGCGGCCAGCGGCAGGAGCAACCACAGCAGUCCCUUCCUGACCAACAGCAACAGCAGCCACACCACCACUGCCGCCGGUAGCAGCAUCAGCGGAAGCGGCAUCAGUCGGAAUGGCACGCUGCUAGAGGCCGAUCACCUGCCGUUGCAGUUGACAACCGCCAAGGUGGACAUGGACUUUGAAAUCGACAUACAACUGCUGACCAAUGGCUAUGAUGGCACAACGCUGACAUCGUUCUACAAUGAGAGCAGCUGGACAAAUGCCUCCGAAAUGGAUACAAUAGUUGGCAUCUUCCUAUCGGUGCUGAUAUUCCUAUCCGUGGCCGGGAAUAUUCUCGUCUGCCUGGCCAUCUACACGGAGCGCAGCCUGCGACGCAUCGGCAACCUGUUCCUGGCCUCAUUAGCGAUUGCGGAUCUGUUUGUGGCCUCCCUGGUGAUGACAUUCGCCGGCGUCAACGAUUUGCUGGGAUAUUGGAUCUUUGGAGCGCAAUUUUGUGAUACUUGGGUGGCCUUUGAUGUCAUGUGCUCGACGGCGUCAAUUCUGAAUCUGUGCGCCAUAUCAAUGGACCGCUACAUUCACAUCAAGGAUCCGCUCAGAUAUGGCCGCUGGGUGACACGACGCGUGGCUGUCGUUACCAUUGCCGCCAUUUGGCUGUUGGCCGCAUUCGUCUCGUUUGUGCCAAUCUCCCUGGGCAUCCACCGGCCCGACCAGCCGAUGAUAUUCGAGGAUAAUGGCAAGAAGUAUCCGACAUGCGCCCUGGAUCUCACGCCCACCUAUGCCGUCGUCUCCAGCUGUAUCAGUUUCUACUUGCCCUGUGUGGUCAUGAUUGGCAUCUACUGUCGUUUGUAUUGCUAUGCUCAGAAGCAUGUCAAGUCCAUCAAGGCAGUGACCCGACCCGGGGAGGUGGCCGAGAAGCAGCGCUACAAGAGCAUUCGUCGCCCCAAGAUGACGCCCAAGAAGUUCAAGGUGCGCAAUCUGCACCACAGCUCGCCGUACCACGUCUCGGACCACAAGGCGGCGGUGACUGUGGGCGUGAUUAUGGGCGUGUUCCUCAUCUGCUGGGUGCCCUUCUUCUGCGUGAAUAUUACGGCGGCGUUCUGCAAGACCUGCAUCGGCGGACAGACCUUCAAGAUCCUCACCUGGCUGGGCUACUCGAACUCUGCGUUCAAUCCAAUCAUCUACUCGAUCUUCAACAAGGAAUUCCGGGACGCCUUCAAGCGCAUCCUGACCAUGCGCAAUCCCUGGUGCUGUGCCCAGGACGUGGGCAACAUUCAUCCGCGGAACAGCGACCGCUUCAUCACCGACUAUGCGGCCAAGAAUGUGGUCGUUAUGAACUCGGGCCGCUCCAGUGCCGAGCUCGAACAGGUCUCUGCGAUUUGACCAAAAGGCGGCUACACCGGAGCCAACUGGCUGCCGUGCUGCUACGGCUGCGGCUGUGGUGGCCUCCGGGUGGAUGAUGACGAUGACGGAGCACUCACCUCGCGCUAUGUUCCAUGAGAUUCGGUCACGGCGCCAACGGCCACCAUUGUGGAGACCGUCGAGGCCGCCCAAAUGGAAACGGAGUUGCUCUAAAGCCACAAACACUGCGUUCCUACUCGCCACCAACUGGAUCUCUCACACGAAACCAAAGCAAUCCCGAGUCCCUCCUUCCUACCAACAUUAGUGACAGACCCCACAACAUCCUUCAAAAAAAAUCGAAAGCAAAAUGGAAACCUGUAAGUAUUAUCAGCGCGUCGCAGAGACAAAGCAAUCAACUAUGCGUAUACUUAAUCGUAUCUAGCAUUAAGGCCCCAUCCCUAGUAGAGUCCUACACAACCACAAACGACGCCCAAGACGUGAUUAGGUCUAAGAUCUUACCCCGCACCCCUCACUCCAAAGAGUUUUCUGUCCAAGUUCCUGUUUGGUUAUUCAUGGCAGUUUUUGCAAUCGUUUGGGAUCCAUGCAAAUGCGAUUAUUAUAGAGUGACACAUGUCACUUACCACACUCGCACCAACACACACAUUCACACACAAAUACACAUUUACAUUGGCUGUCACAACAGUGUCCUGUAGGAGCAGGAGAAAAAACGCUGCACACAUCGCGGCGCU